AUGAUCUUCAAUGAAAAAUAUCCCCAAAUUGAGAGCUCAUCUAACAAUUUGGAUAUGAAAUUCUUGGGUCCCAACACCUUUCGGCUCAUGAAGCAAUCAAGAAAAUCAGCCAAAGUCGUAUUUCAAGGAUUGAAGGAGUUGGUUAAAUUUGGAAAAUUUGCAGAGACAAAAGGUGUCCAAGCUACUAGUACUCUAAUUUCUAUAGUGGCAAAAGAACAUGUGACACCAUCAAAGUCAAAUCUCAGCUUUUCGGUUGAAGUUUCUGAUGAUGAUGAUGAUUUCAAUGAUAUUGAUGAUGUGAAUUUUCGUCUAUUUGUUCCACCGAAGGAGCCAGUCAAUGAAGUUGUGAUUACUCCAACUUAG